CCCGAAGAAGCCAGCGCUCCGGCCGCCGCGGGCCGCCGGAGCACCAUCGGCAACCCGUUCAGCAUGCCGCGCCGCGCGGCGGCCGGCAAGCCGCCGACCUAUUCCUUUGUGGAGGUGCCCGACGCGGCCAAGCGGCCGCCGCUCGGCGACUCCAUGGUCGAGGUGCCCGCGACGCGCCAGCGCUGGCUGGGCAUGAAGGACGAGCUCAAGGGGCUGUGUGAUGAGGCUGUUAGAAGACGAGCGCUGAAACUCCUCAGUCGAGGCGCAAGGCCGAGGACCGCCUUGGCGUCGGCCGGCGCGCCUUUAUACGAAGCCUACAUCGCCGAUAGAUUAGAUCUCGACGACCCCUUGGACGGUUUAGUAGUCCGCCACCGCGUCACGGGCUGGCUCCAGGGCUUUGUCACGAGGACGACGUUCACGACGUGGACCCCGCACUUCAUGUGGGACAGCCGCCACCACGCGGCGGGCCUCAAGGGCCUGGUCGGGAGCGGGCGCAAGCUCGACAGCGGCGUGGCGCGGGGGCGGAGCGGCGGCGGCGCGCUGCCGCCGCCGCCGCGCGCCGGCGGCGCCGGCGCCGACCGGAAGCGCGCCUGCAAGGUCACGGCGCCGCCGACGAACGACCCCCACUUGCUGCCCGGUGAGUCUCUGGCGGAAGCGUUAGAACGGCAACCGAGAGAAGGAGACUGGCGGACGACGGGCAUCGUCUGGCCGCAAGUUGCGGAAGUGUCGUUGUUAGCUGCUUUAGGAUGUGGCGACUGGCUGCUCGGUGUGAUCCUUGAAGAGUUAUCAAGGGACCCGCGCUACGAGUUUUGUGUGGUGGCUUCUACUCCUGGUGCUGCGACGUUUUAUGAGCGCCAUGGCUUCGUAAGGGUGGGUGCCAUUGCGCGCUACCUCGAUCCGGAAGUGGAUGAUGUUGAGUCCACCGCAGCACCAGCAAAACCCUGGCAGGCUUAUAGACAUUGGGCCUGGGGCGACGAGCGGCGCGAAUCUUUGCGCGACAACCACGGCGAACCGUCGUACAUGAUGGCGCGGCGGGUGAGACCGAGAACCGGUGAUGAUUUAAGGGCAGCCAACGCCGUCUUGCGCCAGCGCGACGAGCGCAUGUCGCGGCCGCGGCCGCGCGUGCAGCCCUCGCAAAACCCGGCGCCGGCGCCGUCGUACAGCUCGCCGGACUACUUCGUGCCGCCGCCCACGUCCUACCAGGCGCCGCGGUCGCCGUCGCCUUCGCCGCCGCCGCCGCCCGCGCGCAAGCCGGCAGCCAAACCCGCGGCGCGGAAGCCGAAUCCUCCUCGCGCCGCGAAGCCGUCGUCGAAACCUGUACAACCGCCGCGCGCGGCCAAGCCCGCUUCCUAUAAGCCGGCGGCGAAGCCCGCAGCGAAGCCCGCAGCCUACAAGCCCGCGGCGAAGCCGUCGGCGAAGCCGGCCGCGAAACCAUCGGCAAAACCGGCGAAGCGCAAGACCCCGGCCGCGAAGCCGUCGGCACCGCUAAAGAAGAAGCCGCGCGCGAAAGUAAGCAACGCAAAGCCGCCGCGGCGGCAGGCCGCGCUCGCCGCCAAGGACGCGCUCCUCGACGACGCCCGGCGGGGCAAGACGUAG